AACUUGAUCUAUCCGAGCAGUGUACACGGGGUGUACACGCGGGGUGUACACACAAUAUACACACGAUGAAGUCCCCGCUGAAAUCGUUUACGGAAUACCUUGCGAAGGUAGACCGGCCAUGCCUGAACACAUGUGCAGACCGCAGGGAAGCAAUAACUAAAAUGCUGAUAGCCACCUACACAAGACUGCGGCUACGUAUCCAUUUACGUCAGUACCCAGCCACACGUGCCGGAGAUCACGGAAGUAAAACUUGUGCUGGUGUUAGUUUAACUUAAAGACGCUGUAAUAAGUAUGAACUUUUCGUAUACAUGCACAUAAGCAUGAGAAAAAAGUUUAGUGUAGUAAUCAUAAGCAGCAUUAUAACUGCAGUGAAGUGUGUUCGUUAUCAUAUUAAACAUCACGUAUUUGUGGAUCAAGGUAUUAAAUCAUUGUUUUUGCUUGCGCCUAAGCCUUCAUGUUUUGAUUGCAUGGUGUACGCAUGACAGUUGGCAGCCAGGUAAUCCUAUGUCACCACGGCGAAGAAUAUUGCUAGUGGACGUAAUCAUGCCGUGCAUCCGUAGUUGAAUAUGCAGCAGUACCUUUCCUUCGCGUACUUCUCCUACUUACCGCUAUGUCCAUAUCUAAGCGCAACGACAGCAAGUUCACGACGGCGAGAAGUUGCCCGCCGUGCUCAUCUAACGUUAAAAAAAAAAGAAAGAUAUCCGAUAUACCUUCGCUAAUCGUCUCGAAAUAGCGAAUGCGUCACCAAAUCUUUACUCCUAGUUUUCAUCUACCCUAGAAAAGGAAUAAUUAUCAAAGGUAAAGGCCCAUACAAGCCCCCACUGCUAGCGGGGCCAGCACAUUCAAGGCGCGUCACGCAGCCAACGCGCGCACCGCGACCAGCGUAUGCAAGAAAAUGGCGGCCGCGCUAGCAGACGACGUGGUUGUCCUCACCCUAAACGGAGCGCGGGUGCCAUGGCGGGUGCACAUCGAGGCACCCUACAGUUGACACAACGCUAGCGCCAUCUCACGCGUGGUUUGCGUACACUUUCGGCGUUUCGAGGCGUCCUUCCUCGAUGUUGCCAGCCAGAGGUUUCUGCAUGUCUUAUAUUCAACUGCGUGCGGCGAUAAAUCAGCGUGCCAAAUGUCGUACCACAUCCCAUACGUGCUAAACUACUACGUGCCUAGUCUUAAUCGUUACCGCUGAGCGCGGUCACAGUACCGUGUUGCCGUAUCGGACAUCGUGGGAAAGUGUUCCGCUGUCACUUGUCGCAUUGCUACACUUGCGAGCUGAGUAUGACUCUUCGUCUCGGAUUUGCUCUGGUUUAAGGAAAAUACGAGUGGGGCAUGGUUGUUGCUCCUGUGGCCGCCCCAGACGGGCAAGGAAGGUGAUGGGCGUUGCUACGAAAGAGAGGCAGCCCCCCGGAUGCCCCCAUGCAAGCCCCUGGGCACCACUGUAGGGCACACAGGGGACGUCAUGGGGGUGGGUGCGUCAUCUCCAGACCCUCCCCAGAUUCCUCCCGAGAUGGGGCGGAAGAAGAGGGGAGUGGCACCGCUGCUGACGCUGCGGAAACGUCUGGCACGCCGCCGGUGGAGAGCCAGCAAGGGUUUUGAUCACGCACAAGUCUUUAAUGACUUCCUCAACUCGGCUGGCUGGACUGUGCGAGAGGUGGCAGCACUAGUACACGAGUACGAAGCCACCGCUGCCCUGAGAGAGCUGACAGCACAAGCCGACGCUGCCAGAUCCCCUGCACGAUCCUGUCGGGCUGACCUGGGCCGCCUGCUGGAGUCCCGACUGUGUGCCGACGUGACGCUUGCUUACCGAGGCACUGCGUUUCCAGCCCACCGUGCCUUGCUCUCGGCACGUUGCCCUUUCUUUAGGGACCUGCUGUCGGAAGCUGGAGGAGGACCACGGCAACAAAUGAUGGUGGUGGAGAUGGACAUUCCAGGCGUUGGGGUGGAGCUGUUCGGGGACCUGCUGCGAUACCUAUACACGGGCGAGCUCAGUGUGGCCGGGGAGGCCGGCAGCAGCGCCGCCCUCUCGACAUUGCUGCGCUUGAGCGAGCAGUUUGGAGUGCCAAACCCAUUGGCGCACGACCUUCGCAGGAUGCUCGAAGGGGGACACCUGGCGGACACCAGCCUGGUGUGGGAGGUGCCAGGCAGCGGAGGGGGCACAGAGCAGGAGGCCGAGUUUCCUUGCCACAGGGCAGUGCUGGCGGCACGGUGCCCCUUCUUCCGUGGCGUGAUCCAGCGACGGACCACCACCGCUAGUGGCAGCGGUGCAGCGUGUGACGCGGGAGGGACCACGCCUGGCGGUCGCAUGCGUGUAGUCCUUGACGCCGGUGUGGUUCCCGUGCGGCAUGCACGUGUCCUGCUCUGGGCUCUGUAUCAGGACACAGUGGACUUGUCCAUGCUGCCUUGUUCAUCUGGUGGAUCGUUGGCCGACGAGUUCAUGGAACUCUAUCAGGUGGCACGGCUCAUCGAGGUGGACUCGCUCGCUCAGGCCUGCGAGGAUGCCCUGGUGGAACUGCUGGGCCCGGACACCCUGUGCGGAGUGUUGCAGUGGAGCGAGCAGCCACACGGCUCGCCCUGGGUGCACCGGCAGGCCAUGGCCUUCCUGGCCGAAGAGUUCUCGGCACUGGCAGUCACCCCACUGCUCUUCCAACUCACCAAAGGCCAGCUGCUCACCCUGUUGCAGUCGGAUUGUCUGCAGGCAAGUGAGCUGGAGAUCCUGGUGGCUGUACUCAAGUGGGGAGAGCAGCAGUUGCUCAAGAGGAUGGAAGAAAGAGAGCCGAACAUAGUAAGCCAGACAGCACACAGCGUUGCCAGGCGUGGUGCCCGCAGCCGGCGUGACCUACUGAGUGACGGUGAACUGCGAGACUUGCUCUCUGAGCUGCUGUGCCAUGUGCGGACAGCGCAUGUGCUUCCCCCGGCCGCGGAUGCCCUGCUGUCGGCCCAGAGGCGUGGCCUUUUUCCCCGCCCACCACCAUGUAUGCUGGGAGGGGAGGAGGCCCCGCCCUCCAGGGGAGCUGCUUCCUGGUUGGCAGGCCCUCGGCCUCGCCUCUUCGCUCCUUAUGUGGAAGAGGCUAAGGCUUGGCUGGAAGAUCAGCUCUCCCAGGAGCAAGCAUUGGGACCUGUGUCACCGAGCCCGUGGCCCCCACACCUGUCGCACAUUCCAGACACACUCUACAUGGUGGACAAGGGGGCUGCGGGGGGUUUCCGAGAGGCUUGUCCCUGUGUCCCUCAUGGAGGUGCCCCUGUACCAGCUGUGCGGCUGCCCGAUCCUUCACUGCCAGUACUGAGUGAAGAGCUGCUACGGCAGAUGCGGCAGCGGGAGCAGGAGUUGCGCCAGGGGGCGGCCCGCGCCUACUCGCUGGGGGCCAAUCGCUGCGCCAUCAGCCACCAGUUGCAGCUGCGUGUGGUGCGGGAGGCAGGGCUUCCCGACCAGGCUGCCACCUUGCUCGCUCAGGCCCCGCCCCCAAAUGAGGACUGGACCCCCGCAUCUAUGACACAAGACCCCCUGGACCUCAUGGUGGCGAGGCCUGCCACUUCGGCUCGAGCUCCACCAAACCCCAUCUUGGUCCCGCCUUCACGAGCGCCGCCUCGGCGCUUGGCUCCACCCUCCGACCUCAGGCUUCACAGGCAGCCGCACCUGGGGAGGAGGGCACUGCGAUUGGCCGAGCUGCAGAGUGAGAACAGCAAUCUCAGCAAGGUGAUCCCAGACAUCGCCAUGGCGACAGCGACCCUCGAGCACCUGGACCUAGCCGAGUCUGACAAGGACAACUAUGGCUGUGAGGCUGAUGACCUGUCCCCCGUACACAUGCUUGUCUGACCCCUGCCACAGCCGCGACGCCGGCACAUCAGUCUCCCGUCGCAGCAGCAGCAUCAACUUCUGCACCCCUCGCCACUCUGUGUGCAGCCAUUAUGCUCCUUGGGCGGCCAGUGUGCGCACCCUCGUGAACAACGGUUUCUAUCAUCGGCCACAUCAUCUAAGCCGUCUUAUGUGUUCAACAACCCUCCCGGACUACUGUUGCCAACGUCCCGGUGGCCCCUUGUACAGUCUCGUGAUGACAGCUUUGAGGAACUAGAGAGACACACCUCAUCGUCGUGGCGUGUCAGGGACAGCUUUUCUUCAUUGGGACGUCGUCCACUGCCCGUGCGUUCGCAGAGACCAUGGUUUGCAUCUGGUGUACACGACCCUUCUUCCAGAGCCAGGAGACACUGACCUGAGAGAUAUGGCAGCUGCCUCUCUGAAGCUGAUAGCAAGAGGAACAGUGUGACAUUGCGAUUUAUGGGACGCUCUUUGUUUGUUAAAACUGUUAUUGCUCGACAACAAUUCUUUUCUUUCCGUCUGCUAUUUAUUUAUGAUUCAGUCUUCCACUGCUCUUCAGACACAGUGUGGUGUGUAAAGUUUAAAUAAGUACCUUGUUGAUUGCCGGUUAGAAACUCUGUGUUGUCCCAAGAGGUUAUGUAAGCAAUGCUGGCACAAAAGCUCUGGAUUUAGGUUCUGCCAUGUGCAAGGAUGCUUGUACAAAGAAGUCCAAUCCAAUGUUUCAAGAUAUUUGUGUUCAAGCUUGAAUUUUUUUAAGAUAAGCUGUACAAAGUUAUUUUGGAUGUGACGAUGGCUGUCAUUCUUGAAAUGAUUUCUUUGAUAUGCGAGAUUAUUUAACAAGUAUGCCUUUUAAUACUUUUUUUCUGUUACAGUAGAUUUGUUUUGACACAAACAUGAGGUGCAUUGGAAAUCUUGUUGCCUGAUCAAGCGUUCAGAGGAGGCUUUACUUCAGGAGCUCAUAUCUAAUCUAUACAGUACACUUAAACCUCGUUAUAGCAAAGUCAGAUUCAUCAUAAAUAUACCUUCGUUAUAUGCGAUAGUUGUUAUCAGCACACAAUAAAAAAAAGUUGCAAUCAGGUCUCUUGGAAAGAAAUGCAAGUUUGACGCCUCCCACAGGCCAGCAAAUGGCCUCGAGUAAAUUUUUAUAGCCCUUUAGUGGCUUGCCAUGGCAAUAUGUGGCACAGGAACCACAGGAAAUUGUAUAUGUGCACCUUGACACAACCAUGUGAUCAGUGUGAUCACGUGAGAUCAGCGCAUUGGCCUGCGAGCUGCAGCCAAGCCAAGCCGCUUGGCGAAAUUCGAAGCAUGCAUGUCCAAAAUGUGCAGUUUCAUAUUGCUCUUGUUGAAUAGCCGACCGCUGAGUUUUUGGACACAAUGGGGUCCUCAACUUUGCUACCAAGGUGACUACCUAGCGAUUUGCUACCAAGUCUGGCUCAUAGAUCUAUCUCCCUUGAUCACCAAUGAGGUCUCCAAGUACUAACACAUUGACGAGCUUCUCUUGACGACUUGUCGCCAGCCAUUUCACCGUCUGUCAGCAAAUUUUCGUUAAAGCUGUAGUACUCCUAAGUUGCUAGGCCUAAACAGCGCCGCUUUGUUGAGGGCCUGCAAUCAAAUUUUCAGUUUGGUGCUGAGUCGAUGUGGUGGCAACUUUGUCCACGGCUGUUCUGCUUAUGACAUUGCGUGCGCAGAUAAUGGAAAAAUUGAGCAGCACAUUGUGCAAUGUCCACAAUUUUGGUUGCCUUAAUACAACUGGUUCUAGGUGGGGACGCCAAAAGGCAGUCUGAAUAAUUGCACUGGUUAGAAAAACUGGCUGCCUGAAAAAUUGGUUGGUCACUGUACUUGACAUUUUAGCUACUAGAAUACAUAUUUUGAGCUGAAUGCAGACAAAAAUUUGCUUUUGAAUAACCAAUACCAUGUUUGAUGUUGCAUUUAUGGUUUCGUCACAGCAGGACCCCAUUGAAGUAAAGCAUGACCAACCAAAAUUUACAUUUACUUCAUUAUCAAUAAUUUGUUAUAUCCAAGUUCAUUGUACGAAGGUUUGUCUGUGUGUGUGUUUAUGGAGACAUCAUCUUGCUCAGCUUCCACUGAAACAAUUUCGGACAAGAUAUAUUGCAUUCGACAGAGAAUGUCCAAAUACUAACUUUUGGGAACAGAUUUACACAGGCCUUCACUUAUUUAACAAAAUUAUGUGAAAAAUCUGAAAAUUUCAAGAGAAACAACGUCACAUUUAUGACCCUGCAACUCUGCUAUGAAAACAUAUAUCACAAUAUUAUUAUUUUGUCAGAUUCAAUGCUGACAAAAUUGAUGUUUGGCAUUGCAAUGUAUUAUAUCACUGGUUUGUGAAAGUAACUUCUCUCUAACUCUUGAAAAUGAUGGAAUGCAUCCAUGUAUUUCCAGACGGUUAUUAUUGUCCGACUCUGACGAACUUUACAGAAUUGUGAUAUACAGUAGAACCUCGUUCAUACGUUUAAAAAGAUGUGAGAAAGAAUAUACUAACCGGAAAAACGUACGAUCCGAAGUAGCUAAACAAAUUUGACAGACUCAACUAUUGUUAACAUCUCCAUAAAGCGAAGCGUCACGCCGAUCGCUGCGGCUCGGCUCGAGACGCUUACAUGCGUAGAGCUGGUGCUGCUCUGGCAGCCCGAGACGCGUGUUCUUGCUUUCCAAUUGCGUGGUGUUUUAAGGGGGCGACGGGAAACCGAGACGAAAUCAAGCUGGUGGGCGAUGCCGAAUGCCGCCAAAGCGAAACGCGAUUACCACAUUGCGCAGCCUGCAGCAGGAAACGGCGGCUCGUUUGGCUCGUUUAGAUUAUCGCCUACUAGAAGCGUGCAGUGCACUACCAGUGGCACUAUGCACCACGCGCUGUAAAACAGAUAGGCAAAGAUGCUUAUCGCAGUAGGUUUAGUGGCGACAGCUGUGAAUGUGGCGUGCAACGACUGGUGAUAAUUUUGCUGGUAGCGGAUUAAGAAACUGUGUGCACCGUCGCUUUCGCGUGAGACGGGUGGCUAUAUGCUGUUCUCUAUCGCACAUCCCUCGCGCCUUUUCUUGUUCACAUGGGAUCUAGCGGCCGGAAAACUUAUACGAUCGCAGUCUGCAGCAGGAAACGGCGGCGCGUUUCGGUUAUCGUGCGAUGUGCUUUCGAGGGCACCAUGCGCUGUGAAACAGAUAGGUGAAGAUGCUUAUCGCAAUAUAAUUGGCGGUGAUAGCUGUGGAUGCGGAGUGCGACUACCUGGGCGGAGAUUUGCUGGGGCCGAAAUGGGAAACUGAGCGUGCGCCGGCAUUUUCAUGUGAGACGGGUGGGCGAGUAUUGCGGUGAAGCUACUGCGGCGGGCAGCUAUAUACUGUUCUCGAUCGCGCGAGCCUCGUGCAUUUUCCUGUUUACAUGGGAUCUAGCGACUGGAAAACGUAUCAUACGAUCACAGUUUGGCAACGUACUGACCGUUGGUGCUGAAAAAUUGUGUUUUCUGGGAACGUAUAAACCGGCAAAAAUGUGCGUAAUUCUAUUGGGUCAUUUUUUGUGUUCUUCAUGGGGAAUGUUGACGCCGGGAAAACGUACGUAACAGGAACGUAUCAAUGAGGUUCUGCUGUGUAUGUCUUUGAUGUAAAGUUGCACUUGGCAGUAGAAUAUUGUUUUUAUGUUUAACUGUUUCGUGCCAUUCUUUUUUAACAUUACAGGCCCUAAGUCCUAAUUCUGCUUCCAACAGUCUAUGUAACUUCAGCUUUUCUUUUACAACAAAUUUUAUUCAUAUCAAUUCAACAGUUGCCUUUAUUAGAGCAUUUUGUAUGUAAUAUAAUCAGAAAGUUGGAGUUGUCCUCAAGCUAAGCUUUGUCUUAAAAGCAGUUUGAACUAGCUCAGCUGAUCAUCGGUGAACUCUGCUCAGCAAAGAUGUUUUAGAACUGCGGGAACAAACGACCACAGAGAGAGAGCACACAAGGACAGGCGCCGACUCGCAACUAAUCUUUAUUCCACAAAGACCACAUACAAUUAGGAAUAAAGCGAGUGGGACCGUACCUUCCUACCUACUGCUUGGCGUGCCCAUAUAAGCCGAUCCUGAAAGGAGUGAUUUUGUGCCGGUGCCGAGAUAGCCGAGCGAGAGAGUUAUGCGAGGGGUAUCUUAUAAGAAAGACUUAUAAGAAAGAAGGGACAUGAUUUUGUCAGCGACACCUCAGUUUAUCUGUACAGCAAUGAGUUGAGGUUUAUUGAUGAAUGUAGUUAAGUUGCGUGUUGCUUGCACAGAAAGUUUUUUUUGGUGACUGUGCUUUUUCCGUGCACGCACAGUGGUGUAUUUCUGGGAUGUACUUAUAUGUGGUCUUUGUGGAAUAAAGGUUAGUUGCAAGUCUG